AUGGCCAUCCUACGGUUUCUUAUUUUUGCCGCACUACUCGCUGGCACCUACGGGAAAGCGGAACCAAGUUACAAUGAAAUUGAUCGGUUCCUGCAAUUGUUCAACUUCUCACUUCCAACAAUCAAAAUACCGGACCUUCUGAAGCCGGAAAAGACCGAAGAUGCGCCGAUUCCUAAUAUUCUUCCAACUGCUCUUCCAAUUAAAAUACCAACAAUCAAAUUACCAACCCUCCCUCACAUCCUUCCAACCCCUUUUCCUCCAAAACCAAAGGAUUCAGAUGAGACCAACAUCGUUUGUGAUGUCUGUGAGUUCGCUGUCACUAAUUUGAAACUCAAGUUUAGCACUCUGGAAAAGAAAGUCAGAAAAGUUUUGUCGGAUACAGUAUCGAAAAUUUGCACCAAACUAUUGGAGAACCCACAGCUUUUCAUCUUUUCUGUUCCAUGUAACAUGAUUCAGACAGACCUCAUUAAGAAUGUAUUCGACCGUCUGGACAAGUUCGAAGAAAAAAUUCUUCCGACGACAGUUUGUAAAUUCGUUCCAUUCUGUAAAUAUCCGAAGGCUUGA